AUGGAGCUGUUUGGAACGGCGUGGAGCGGCUACACGCCCGAGGAGCGGCAACAUGCCGACAACCUCCGCAUCUACGAUGCCAUCGGAAUUCCACUCUUCUGCCCCUGGUACCUGAUCCUCGGCAAGUUGUUCGCGACCGAAGAUGCCUUGUACGAGGCGGCACCGGACACAUUCAGCACUGGGCUGCGGCUGGUUCUGGCCGUCGUGGCGUGCUUCGUGCUGUUUCUCCACUCCCAGGCCGUGCCAAAGCCCUCCAAGGAUGCUGAUGCCUUCUAUGUGCAGAAGAAGAUAGGACAUUGGGUGUACCUCACCCGCCACUGCAUCGCCAUGCAGGCUUGGCAUCAGGUCCUGACGCUCCUUGCGCCGUUGUCGCCGAUGCUUGGUGCGAUGACGAACGGCCUCUGCAUUUGCGUCGGAGCGCUCGGCUGGUUUGUAACGAUGCAGUAUUUUUCCCUAGUCGUGCCCCACGAAGGCUUUAAGUCCGAGUGCAAGAAGUGGCAGGAGCGUGGUGUGGCUUUUGAACAAGUCCAACAUGUAGUUCAUGUUCCGCCUUUCUUCGUCGGCGCACUGGACCUCUUCAUCCGACCAUCGUCCCUGCUGACGCGCGCGCUUCGAAUGUCUUCGUGCUUGCAGUUUGGGGCCUUCUAUGUUGUGGUGUACGUCCUCGUCUUCAUGGGCAACUACCAGCUGACAGGGAAGUGGCCCUACGCGUUCAUGGACGCCUUUGGCACGAAUGUGGCCAAAUGGGCGAAGUUCAUCACGAUGCAGGCGCUCCUGAUCAUCGCCAUUAUCAUGGUGAACUGGGCGCUCGCUCGGCAAAGCGCCGAGGUCGCAGAGCUUCAGCGGCGAGUGGAUCACGGCUAUCAGGCGGCCAAAAUCCUGUCACCUCAAGCGACAGGAGCUGAAUCUGGAUCGACGGUCGCUGCAUGCGCUGGAACUAGGCAUCUUUGCAUUGAGGACAAGCUUGGAUUUUCAGUUUGCGUUCAAGUUAUCCUGACGGCUGCCUUGCACGGACUCGAUCGGCAGCAGCAGAGCCUCGACAUUCUCCAGGGAGAAAGUGCGCAGACCCGGCUGCAGGCCGAGCUUGACCAAGUUCGGCAGCGCUGGCAGGACGCUGACAGGGAAGAGCAGGUGGCAAAGAACAGUGGUCUCAGCGCUGAGAUCGCUCGUCAUCGCAAGGUGAAACUCUGCCGAGUGCAGCUCUCUGGUUGCACUGACUGGAUCCGUGAUCUCCUUGCAGAGAAUGAAGCGCUUCAAAGAUCUCAUGCUGAGCGGAGCGCACCGGUAGUUGAUUGGACUGGCGUUAGUGCCGUGAUCUUCAACGACUUGCGACCCAAUGUGCAAGCAAGCCUGGAGAACUCGGUCAUUUCCGCGUCCUUGGAGACACCUACAGCGCUUAUCUCCCACAUUUUUUCCCAGGUCAUGCCCCUCACGAAGGGAGGAGACCCAACAAACAAACAGGAAAUGCCUUUCCGGGGGAGGGGCCGUGCAACUGACAUCGUCUACAGUGUACUGGCUGAGUUGUCCAAUGCCCAACCUUUUGUCUUUAUGUCGGCUCUGGCGGUCGCGUUUGAUGCCAAGUGCAGCGAGACGCCUGUUUUGUUCAGGACUUCCGCAGCCAGGAUUCUCGAUCACAUCUACCAGCAGCUCCUUCGCAUUGGCGCCAUCUUCCAUGCCCUCGAGGCGCGGGACGCCUCCUGGGCCCUCGACUUACGUGCCACGCUGAUUUCACCCCAAGCCCCCAAACCGACCCUAAACCCUAAACCCUGCGAGCUCUCAAAGGACAAACCCUCGGAAUCACGGCGGAACGCUAAGCCGCCGCCACCACCGCCUUCGACGGCCCGACGUCGAGGGAGGGUGACCUACAAGACCGCCGCGGACAAAGUUGCCCCGGUGUCGUCCUACCAGCAUGCGCACAUCUCUGACGAGCUUCGGAGGCGUGUUGCCGAGGAGGAAGAGGAGGAGAGAACGAUUGAGCUGACGCGCACGGACAUCGAACUUCGCCGACGGAGGAGGGAUCUGUCCCUCGAGUUAGAGCUGCGCGACUACGUGACAUUAGCAUCGAUGAAGGCGAAGGAGGCCGACUGGUGGGGUGAAGGUGCGCGAAACGCCUCAGCAUAUGCUAUGCGUCAGGUUGGGGGUAUUGCAACGUGGAACCCAGCUUGGGAGGAGCGUGGUGAGUGCGCUCCGCUGAAGCUUCGAAUUUUCGCCUACGCCGGGUCGCCUUGGAAUGUCCUCAAGGCUGCCUGCUUCCAUGGCGCCACCUUCGACGCCAUCGACGCUGGCUCAGCGCUUUGCCAAGGGAUCGGCUACCUGGGCAGCUCGGUUGUUCUAUGGGGCUUGAGGGGUUUAGGGUUUAGGGUUAUACAGGAAUGA